AUGUGUCCAAAAGAGAAAACGCAAGCAAGCCCCAAACUACCACCACCAUCUGCCAACUUUAAACCAUUGGUUCAUUCAAGUCCACUGUGUAGUAUGAGUGUUCGGUUGCCAACACAUAUUAAUGUUGGUGUAUUCAGGCUGAUUGAUUUUUUUUUUCUCUUUUUUACAAUUCCCAUAUUUGAAAUGAUAGUUACAAAUACAAAUGCAUAUGCAUUGGAGAAAGGUGCCAGUACUACUGGUAGACGCUGGAAAAAUUAUUGGAAUGAAGAUCUAAGACUUUUUGUUCACAAUAUAUCAAAGCAAAUGACAUUGAAGCACUUUGAGUUGAUUAAAAGGUUUCUGCAUAUUUCUCCCUCUGCCCCUGCAUCAACGCUUAAAAAUUACUUUGAUAAAUUGGAACCAUUACUUUCAAAUGUUCGUGAUGCCUCAACACAGUAUUGUAUCCUGGGUUCAAAUGUUUCGCACCUUUGGCAAAUUGGAGUUGGGGCCUGUAGAACUAUCUGUAAAACAGCAUCUGGGUUUCCAAAAAAACUAAAAGUAGAUAAAGAUAUUAAAUUUGACUGGAAUGUUCAUUCAGAUGUUGAAAUUGAUAGUGCGUUGGAAAUUUUCUGGCAAGACAAUGGCCCGGUUACGAUGUUGUUAACAAUACAUGGUCUUGUGGAUGAAGAAUGGGAAGUAGUUGAUGACUACAACCACCAUAUGAAUGAUACUGCCAUUAUUAAUGCGUAUCUCAUUACUAGAAUUUCAGGAUCCACACAAGGGCAUAAACAAUUUCGUAAUGAAGUUGUUUGGGAUCUUAUUAACUUUGCAAAUGAUGAUGAUAAACUCUCAAAUUAUCAUUUAACAUCUGAAAAUUACCUUGCAGUGUGGAAAGAUUGUCGAGAAGCAUGCUGGUGGUGUGCUUGGCUGGCAAGCAUAGAGCA